AUGUCGGGAUGGAGCAAUGGAAGUUCCAACAUGUCCUAUACCAGUUUCCUCCUCAUGGGCUUCCCAGGCCUCCAGCAGCACCGGGCCCUCCUUGUGCUGCCCUUCCUCAUCCUCUAUCUGCUGAUCGUCUCCGCCAAUGCCCUGGUCAUCCACACGGUAGUGGUCCAGCGGAGCCUGCAUCAGCCCAUGUACCUGCUCAUCGCCCUGCUCCUGGCUGUCAACAUCUGUGCUGCCACCACCGUGGUGCCUGCCAUGCUUCUCAGCUUCUCCACGCACUUUAAUCACAUCUCCCUGGCUCGCUGCCUGGUCCAAAUGUUUUGCAUCUACUUCCUCAUCGUCUUGGACUGCAACAUCCUCCUAGUCAUGGCCCUGGACCGCUAUGUUGCCAUCUGCUACCCUCUCCGCUACCCAGAGAUAGUAACUGGCCAGCUGCUGGCUGGCCUGGUGGGGGUGGCAGCUGUCAGGAGUACAUGCAUCGUUGCUCCUGUGGUGAUACUGGCCUCCCGAGUUCGCUUCUGCCGCGCAGACAUCAUCCACCACUUUGCCUGCGAGCACAUGGCCCUGAUGAAACUCUCCUGUGGGGACAUCUCCCUCAAUAAAACCGUGGGCCUCGCCGUCCGCAUCUUCAACAGGGUCCUGGACAUGCUCCUGCUAGGAAUCUCCUACUCACAAAUCAUCCAUGCUGCCUUCAGGAUCUCAUCAGGUGGAGCACGUGCCAAGGCCCUAAACACCUGUGGCUCCCACCUGCUGGUCGUCUUUACUGUCUACUCCUCCACCAUGUCCUCAUCCAUCGUCUAUCGAGUGGCCCGCACCGCCUCCCAGGAUGUGCACAACCUGCUCAGUGCCUUCUACCUGCUGCUCCCAUGUGUAGUCAACCCCAUCAUCUACGGGGCCAGGACCAAGGAAAUCAGGCAGCACCUGACAACUUUGUUCCAAAGGACACCAUUGCAAGUGCCCACAGAGAAGCCGCAAUCCUUGCCCUCACACAGGGAACUUCCUGGCUGA